UGCAAUGCCAGCGGAUUCUCACACUUCAGUGCACCUACACCAGACCAGGCUCUCUUCAAGAUCUCCUCUCACUUCAGAAGCCAAAAUCAACCUACAAGAUGCCUUUUCCUGUGGAGAAAUGUUGUGGAACAUGGAAGCACGGCAGCAAUUCCGACAACUUCCCACAGAUCAUGGAGAAACUCGGAAUCCCAUCCGAGAUGGUUAACAAGGUAGAGGAGGCGAUCAUUCCCAGUAAAACUUUUCUGUCAGGAGACAAGUUAACUAUUACGUAUGAGUUCUUGGGGGAAACUCUAGAGAGCACUUUCACACUUGGCGUGGAGGGCGAGGAAGAAGACCCAACUGUUGGUGAGAAGAAAAAGGUGACCUACACCAUAGAGGGGGACAACCUGGUGGCCGUGUACCCUGACCAUGACGGGAAGGGGACUUCUGUGCGCCUCAGCCGCCAUUUUGUUGAUGACGACACCAUGCACUUUGAUAUCAAAGUUGGUGAUCUCGAGGGCUGGACUACUUCCAAGCGCUGCUAGACGUCCGAGCGGACGUUAACCCGUGUGCACCAGACAAGCUGCCAGUCAGCUUUGCGUAGAUUCUUGAGUGAUUCAUUUGUUCGGACUGAACCAUUUCAAUCUGUAUCGCUAGCUAUAACUGAAACACGUUAAUUUUAUAACAACUGUAAACCGCACAUAUCGAAUUGCAACCCCGUCUAUACCUGACCUUCAGCACCGAUGUCAUCACUCACGACUAUGUUAUGUCAGCAUUUUAUCAACGCCUACUAAUGGAAUAAGACAACUUUGUCAGGUCAUUCCUGAAAUGUAACUUAACACACAGAUACAGUCGUAAUAAAUGCAGCUUUUAUCUCAUAUAAUCAUAUGUAAUCUCAGCUGAUCACGCGUAUUAAAAAUGUUUACUUU